UACAAACAUUCUAACAAUCACAAUCAUCUAUUCAUUUGAUACACAAAUCUACAUCUCUUUUGUUUAUUUUCAAGAAAAAUAUGUUGGCUAAUUUCAAGAAAGGUUUGGUGAGUGCACCAAAAGAACUUUUUAGUCCAUCACAUGAUCAACAACGCAAAUAUCAUUAUCAAAAUCAAGAUCCUAUGAACCAUUUCUUGAAUUCCAAUCCCAAUUCUCUCUCAUUUUCUUUUGGAAAUGAUGCUUCUUUGGCGUUUGAUCCUUCUUCCCAACAAAGGUUGUUUAGUAGCAUGGAUGACAUCUAUUGCAUAUUCUUGGGAGGUCUAGACAACUUAUGCACCCUUAAUAAGCAAUAUGGGCUAACAAAGCUAGCCAAUGAGCCCAUGUUUGUGAUCCAAGCUUACAAAACUCUUCGUGAUCGUGGCCCAUACCCGGCCCACUCAGUCCUCAGGGAGAUGGAGGGUAGUUUUGGGUUUAUACUCUAUGAUCUCAAGGCUAAAACUGUCUUUGUCUCACUUGGUGCCGAUGGAGGAGUGAAGCUUUUCUGGGGCAUAGCGGCUGAUGGCUCGGUGGUAAUUUCUGACAACUUAAUGGUCAUAAAGUCUAGCUGCUCCAAGUCAUUUGCUCCCUUCCCAGCUGGGUGUAUGUAUCAUACAGAAGGGGGAUUAAUGAGCUUUGAGCAUCCAAAGAACAAAAUGAAGGCAAUAUCAAGGGUUGAUAGUGAAGGAGUGAUGUGUGGUGCUACAUUUAAAGUUGAUGUGUAUUCAAAGACCACACAAGCAAUGCCUAGGGUUGGAAGUGAAGCUAAUUGGGCUACUUGGGGAUAAGGGGCAUGAUAAUUUCCUUUUGAGUUUUUAAUUUUUAUUGUAUAGAAUAAUCAAAUUCAGAUUGUUGACUUUCACUAUAGAUUUAUCUCUUUGGAAAAAUGUACUUUUAUUAUCUUUUGCCUCUUUAUAAACUAUUGACUAAAUUCCGUGUUUGGUCAAUGUCUUUGCUA